AUGGACACAAAGAAAAUGUUAAAGUGCGGGUCCCACCACCAUCGUUCUCACUCCGACAAUUGUUUUCGCUUCAUCACAAACAUUCCCCCCUUCAACACUUCUAAUCUUGUCAACUCCAACUUCCCUUUGUCACUCUCAUUUCCAUCUUUGGACACUAAUGACAUCAUUCCUAUGGUUAUUGAUUUGAACAAGUCUAAUAAGCGGAAGAGGUUCACAGGAAUUCCCCAUGCCAAGCACCUUCGAAGCUUGUCGGUGGACUCUAACUUUUUCUACAAUUUUGGGUUCACUAAUGGUGAAAAUGAGAGAAUCAUUGGGAAAAGUGGCAGUGAGCAAAGGAUGGAGCACCAACGACAUAACUCAACGGGUGAACCCUCGACUAAGUUGUUUAAGGUAGACUCAGGAAUGGAGAUGAUGGAUUGUAAGAGGAAAGAUCUGAUCCUUGACAAACUCCCUGAAUUAGCUCUUGUUGAUCCAAAGAAAGCUAGAUCUAACAGGAAUCUUGGGUUAAAUCUCACAAACGAAACUCUUUUUGUAGAGAAGUUAAAGAUGAAGAACGUUGCAAACUCCAACACUUAA